AAGAAAAAAAAAAUCGAACUAACAAGAACCUCUCUUUCAAGUAGCGUCUUUCUUCUCCUCUUGCUCUGUUGUUUCAAUCUUUAACGAUGGGCCAAAAUCUCGAUUCAAUGAAUCAAGUUCAACCACGCUCCAAAGCCGAAUUGCUCUACGAUAUCGUCCUCGCCACCGGCAAUGUGGAAGCCAUUAGAGCUCUGUUCCGAGAAGGUGCUAGCCUUGAGUGGAUUGACAGAGAAGGAAAAAAUGCCCUAAUGGUGGCGUGCAUGAACCGCAAUUUGUUUGAUGCUGCUAAAACUCUCAUCGAAUUGGGUGCCAAUGUUAAUGCUUAUCGCCCUGGUUGUCAUGCCGGCACUCCCUUGCAUCACGCUGCAAGAGCAGGCCUGGUACUCACAGUUAAUUUACUUCUCUCCAGUGGAGCAAAUGCUAUAGUGCGGAAUGAUGAUUGUCAAACUCCACUAGAUGUUGCUAGACAGAACCGGCACGCCCAUGUUGUUCGUGUAAUUGAGCAACACAUGUGCUAUUUCUCUGGCUGGGUCCGGAUGAUAUAUGGUCCGGGCUUCCUUGAAGGACUAGCACCAUAUCUGUUGUCGAGAAAAAUUUGGGUUGUAGUCAUUCCUCAUGGUCCUAAUAAUCCUGCAAAGUCUAACUUGGAGCUUGCUGUAUAUUCUACCAUAAAGGAUGCCCGGCCUCGUUCGGUUGUUUCUCUCCGGAGGGCCCAGAUUGAGGAACCUGAUCUUUCUCAAUCAGAUCCGAAAUUGACAGUUUUUGAUGAUUCUAGCAAAUCUCGGCUUAAACUUGCAUCUGCUAUUUUGGGUGAUAAAAAGCAACUUCUCUCGUUAUACGAGGCAUGCCGAGGAGUUGUUCAGGUAUCAUCAAACACCGAUGUUAUACCUUCCCCAAUUCAUCAUAACACACAAACCUCUAUAGGAGGUGCAGAAUUGGGAAUGGCGUCAAGUGACCCCAUUCAGCCUGCUUCUGCAUAUGCAUUUCGGGCUCCUAAUUCUUAUCCGAUACCUGAAGCAUCCAACACAAAUGGGUGGGGAACCUCUGCGAAUGAUGACAGUUAUAAUGGGUGGGGGUCAGCUGUUGGAACUACACAUUCUGAGAAGAACAACACCGGAUGGAUGAAUGGACAAGUUAAGGAAGACCACAAUGGCUGGAGUGAGCUUGGUCAUGAACCUCAGCCACUUGGAAAGCAAACUAAACAUUCCCAAACCUGUGCUGAAAGCACCUCAAGUGUCUCCAAAAACAAUGACGCUUCCGUAUCAGUUUCAUCAGCUGCAUCUGCUCCUCUUAUUCCAGAGAAGAUUUCAGCUGAAGGGCCUAUCCACUAUCCAUCACUUAAUCUAGAUGAGGACUCUUCCUCACAACCCACGGACGAUGAGGCGUCUGCAUCAAAUUGUAAGAAAGCUGGAGGUCAUUCUUCCUCAUGUGUGGUCUGCUGGGAAGCUCCAAAAGAAGGUGCGUGCAUUCCCUGUGGUCAUAUGGCUUGUUGCAUGUCUUGUUUGAUCGAGAUCAAAGCCAAGAAAGGCGUUUGUCCUGUAUGCCGGUCCAAGAUGAAGAGGGUGGUAAGGAUCUAUGCUGUAUAAUUAGUAAACUGGAUAUGACAAUUUACCAUUGUGUCAAGAUUUCGAUUCAUUGGCUUGUGAUAUACACUAACUGCUGUCAUAAGGUUCAGAAACAACAAAAGGCCACUGUUCUGAUUGUACGGAACAUCAACGGCAGUGGCUAUUUAUAAUCCAUUAACUGAGUUUUGCUUAAUCCCUACACUGCUUAGGAUCCUUCUGUCAGCUUUCAUAACAUGCUUUUCGCAUGAUUCUUGUUCAUGUACUUUGUAAGUGACAUUGGACAACCGAACUUCUCUAUGGAAAAGAAUCAAAGACACCAACAAGCCCAAGUUUUCCUUUUUUUCGACACUUAACAUGUACUAAUAAGGUUUAUUGUUGAACAAAAAGGUGCAGUUCCUCUAGAGGUUAGAUCUCAACAUAUGAAGAUGAUGAUGGGUAUCUAACAUACAGGGCAUGUGCAAAUAUUGUUUAGUUGAAUAUUUGCAAUUACUGUAUUCUUGUGACAUGAUUACACACCUCAACAACAAAAAAAAAAAAAAAAAAAAAAAAAAAAAAAAAAAAAAAAACGGAACAUGGUGACUAUUGCCAAAGGAUUCUUUGGGCACGAGUUAACCUACCCAUUAGCAGGACCAACAAUUCCAUAUUCAAUGUACCCCACCACAUACAUUUAUUAGACACCAGAUGGGGAAACCUGCACAUGGCUUGCUUGCUUUAGAUUCUGAUUUUUAAAAGAUAGGACUUCCUAGAACUUGUUUUAGUCUUGCUAUAUAUGCCACAGUGAAUUGGUGGAAUGUAAGGAAAAACCAGUGUAUCUGAUUUAAUUCUUCUAUUUUUUUUAUUAUUAUUUUUUGAAAAUUUAUA